UGCAAUGGAGGGGAGUUGGAGUUGGAGCCCCAAAACAAGGUUUAACGUCACUGCCGGAAGCGAAAGCGCAGGGAUCAGCAAGCCGAGCCGAAACCUCCCACUUCGCGUCUUCAACAUCGCGUCUUCACCACAACUACAACAAUCAAUUGAUGCCGCCCAACACCCUCUAUACACGACGAUAGCAUCACGGUAAUCCAACCCCUCAGGAUGUCCUACUACGAUAUAGACGCCAUCCUAACGGAUAACCAAAAAGUCCCCUGCACAUUCAACCUCACCCUCCCCCACCUCGGGUAUCUCGACUCCGCCCCAGGGCGCCCCCUCCCCUCUGGCACAAAAGUCGACCUCCCCCUCUGGCUCGCAGAGCGCCUCGCCGUCUCCCAACUAACGCCCCAAACCUCCCUCAUAACCCUCGACCUGCCCCCCUCACUGUCACCCCGCGUGAUGAACGCCCUGAAAGCCGACCCGAAGUCCGUCGAUCUGAGAAGUCUAGCAGCGAACUUUUACGGUCUGGCGGAAAGGAUACUGGACUUGUUUGAGGAGGAGGAGGUGUGUGAUGUGCUGCUUGAGAGUUGGAGGGUUAGGGCCAGCGAGGGGGUUGAGUUUUUGAGGGGGCUGAGUGAGGAGGAGAGGGUGCUGUUUCGGAGUGCGCAUGAUAGUAGUAAGGCGAUGAGGGUUUGGAUGGGGGAGAUGAAGAAGAGAUAGGAGGAUGUGGGAGGGUGUGUCAAGUGGAGAAAGAGGUUGGGUGGGCUUGGAAUGGCUGCAUUAUACCUGGCGUUGGAAUGGCAUGGUGUCUGGAAAUGGAUGAUGAAUGGCACACUGGACAGGAGUUCUCGCAGUUGCGUCUGCAACUCGUUAUUUUGUGGCUUGGAGAGAACGAUCGAUCAGCAACGCUUAGUCUGAUUCUAACAUGGCGAGCCCGGCGAUAUGCAAAAAUCGCUCUCGAUGCAGCCAAUGAUGGGGAAUUAUCCUGCUCACCCCGUUCAUUUGUCUUGUUGAUGUUAUCGAAUUCCCCAGAGAUCUAAAAGCCAGUGCUCACUACUCACUU